AGCGCCAUUGGACCCUUUCUUUGUUAGUGCCCCGCGGUCAGCACAUCUCUUCGGCUAUUCCAGACUUUGGUUUCUUUUCUCUUUCCUUCGCGACAGCCUUUUUCUUCCGCCACUCGUAACAGAUAAAGACAACCCAUCUGACCUCUCUUGUAAAAACCACCUCUAUCAAAAGUACUAGCACGAAAAAACUCGUCCAGAAUGGGUGGCCAGAACAGAGAAGGCGGCAAGGUCAAGCCCUUGAAGGCUGCGAAGAAGCAAAAUAAAGAGUACGACGACGAGGACAAGGCUCACCAAGAGAAGCUGAGGCAGCAAGAGAAGGAGCGCAAAGAGAUGGCCAAGAUGGCUGGUGGAAAAGGUCCAUUGAGCACCGGUGGACAGGGUAUCAAGAAGAGCGGCAAGAAAUAAGACAUGCAAUCCUACGAUCAUGCGAUUCACGGAAGUGACGAAGCUAUAGCGCCGAGAACAGGGAUGCAUACAGCGUGGGCGCUUACGGAUGGAUGACUUUUACAUUAUAGCCAGGGUUAAUAGGAAUACUUUAUCGCGAUGACUUUCAAUAUACCUUCUAUUCCACCUGAUAUAUACAUACCUACCAUAUAUACGAGGUAGCUACCUACGCAUAUAUGACUAGAGUAAAAUACUGCAUAUUAUACGCUAGACUUGCCUUGAUAAUGUCUUCGUAUAAGUCGUCCCAAUAGCACCAAGUAAAAGAGACGGAAGAAUUAAAGAGUUCGGCCCACCAAGUGAAAACAGCUGCCAGGACUUUCACCG